AUGGCCAUCGACUGGAAUGACCCAACCACACUUGCUGAACAGUACCUUGCCUUCCUCAAAUCGCACUAUACUGUUGCCACUGGGUUCUAUCUCUGGGAAGUGGUCAAUGGCAUACCCUUCGAUUGGCACGUAGUGAAGAGGGAAGGCACGGAGGGCAAAAAGCAGACAGUAUCAGCUCUCUUCACUAAAUCGGUAUACCUGGCAUGUCGCUACCUGACGCUAGCUUCUGUGAUAUCUGCCGACGCUGGCUUUGGUGCCACGAAAUCCUCCCAGGUCAACUGCGAGGUUUGGAUGCGUGCGACCAUGACGUUCUCUUAUCUGAUCUUCGAAUUGGCCUCCAUCCUGAUUGCGAUUCGAGUUAUCACCAUAUGGAACAGACAUAGAGUCAUGACUGCCCUGUGCGUCGCAGGACUGGCGCUUCAACUAGGUUAUUAUAUUCGCGAGAUCGUACGGGAAGAAGCCAAGUGGGACCCAACUAACGUGACCUGUCUCGUUCUGUCUGCUCAAACAAAUCGACCGACAGUCACGGUGACGCUCGCGGUAGACAUGUUCCUCUUGAUUUCGAUGCUCGUGGGUUUAUGGAGAUGGAGAGAUGCAAGCUGUGGCCGCGGGUUAUGGUCUUUGCUUUGGCAGCAAGGUCUCAUUUGGCUUGCCGUGGCGACACUAGCUGAAAUCCCAACCGUCGUCUUACUAUGGCUAAACCUCAACCAGGCUAUGGACGUAAUAUUCUUCACGCCCGAGAUGAUCAUUGUCGUAGUCGCAGCGACGCGGAUGUAUCGCAUACUUUGGUCCUAUGAUCCGGCUGCAUACAUCAGUACGCUUGGGCUCGAGCGCAAUCUUCCGACGUAG